AAAGAUGGCCCAGAUUUGAUGUUAAAGCUAUCAGGCAGAGUACUGCUGUGUAUUAGCACUUAGUCAAUAUGAUGCUAUUUGACCAGAUUUAACAGGUCACCAUUUGGGAGAUGUUAUGCAGGGAAGAGUGGCAUAUGCAAGUCCUCUAUCAAGACAAUGUUACAAGGGGUUUAUAAGAAGAAACAGGAACCUUUCCGAAGCUGAAGACAAAGUAAAAGAAAACCGUAUCAUGUGUUAAAAUACUGAAGAGUGAAAUUUCUUGGAUUAGUAUAUUUCUGGAUUGCAAAGCAAAAGAAAGAAGAGGCUGAAAAUGGGGAGGAAGAAAAUACAGAUCACAAGAAUAAUGGAUGAACGGAACAGACAGGUCACCUUUACAAAGAGGAAGUUUGGAUUAAUGAAGAAGGCGUAUGAGUUGAGUGUACUCUGUGACUGUGAAAUAGCACUCAUCAUUUUUAACAGCUCUAACAAACUCUUUCAGUAUGCCAGCACUGAUAUGGACAAAGUUCUACUUAAAUAUACAGAAUACAACGAGCCCCAUGAAAGCAGAACCAACUCAGAUAUCGUUGAGACCUUAAGAAAGAAAGGCCUUAAUGGUUGUGAGAGCCCUGAUGCUGACGAUUACUUUGAGCACAGUCCACUAUCGGAGGACAGAUUCAGCAAACUAAAUGAAGAUAGUGAUUUUAUUUUCAAGCGAGGCCCUGCUCUGAACAAGAAGGAACACAGAGGGUGCGACAGCCCGGACCCUGACACUUCAUAUGUGCUCACGCCACAUACAGAAGAAAAAUAUAAAAAAAUUAAUGAAGAGUUUGAUAAUAUGAUGCGGAAUCAUAAAAUCGCACCUGGCUUGCCUGCUCAGAACUUCUCGAUGUCGGUUACAGUUCCAGUGUCCAAUCCCAACACGUUAACCUACAGUAACCCAGGGAGUUCCCUUGUAUCCCCAUCACUGGCUGCCAGUUCAUCGUUAACAGACACGACCAUGCUCUCCCCACCUCAGACCACCCUGCAUCGGAACGUAUCACCUGGGGCCCCUCAGAGACCACCAAGUACUGGCAAUGCAGGUGGUAUGCUGGGGACAACUGACCUCACAGUGCCAAAUGGAGCUGGUACCAGUCCAGUUGGAAAUGGGUUUGUGAAUUCUCGAGCUUCACCAAGUCUACUUGGAACUACUGGUGGUGGGAAUGGCUUAGGCAAAGUCAUGCCUACAAAGUCUCCACCUCCACCUGGAGGAGGUAAUCUUGGAAUGAACAAUCGCAAACCCGACCUCCGUGUUGUCAUCCCACCCUCCAGCAAGGGUAUGAUGCCACCAUUGUCGGAGGAGGAUGAAUUGGAGUUGAAUACCCAAAGGAUAAGUAGUUCUCAGUCUACACAGCCUCUUGCUACCCCUGUGGUGUCUGUGACAACUCCAAGCUUGCCUCCACAGGGAUUGGUGUAUUCGGCCAUGCCUACAGCCUACAACACUGAUUACUCCUUGACUAGUGCAGACCUGUCUGCCUUGCAGGGAUUUAACUCCCCAGGAAUGCUGUCUUUAGGGCAGGUAUCUGCCUGGCAACAGCACCAUCUUGGUCCAGCAGCCCUCAGCUCUCUUGUUACUGGCAGCCAGCUAUCUCAGGGUUCGAAUUUAUCCAUUAAUACCAACCAAAACAUCAACAUAAAAUCUGAACCAAUUUCACCUCCCCGGGAUCGUGUAACUCCCUCUGGGUUCCCGCAACAGCAGCCACAACCGCAGCAGCAGCAGCAGCAGCAGCAGCAGCAGCAGUCGCGGCAGGAAAUGGGUCGCUCUCCUGUCGACAGUCUCAGCAGCUCCAGCAGCUCCUACGAUGGCAGCGAUCGGGAAGACCCGAGAAGUGAUUUCCAUUCACCUGUCGUGCUGGGAAGGCCACCGAAUUCCGAAGAUAGAGAGAGUCCAUCGGUAAAACGAAUGAGGAUGGACACAUGGGUGACAUAAACUUGCAGUGUUGCCUCUUCAGUUUUGCGUUCUCAGAAUGAACUGUCCUGACAUAUCUAAAUUUAUAAAUAAGGACGUGAAAUAAGUCUAUUUAUAUGUAUAUACAUACAUGCAUAUAUAUAUCUCCACAUGCAUAUAUAUGUGCUCGUGUGUGUAGCAUACACAAAAUCAUCAGGCACUUACGACAAACUUCUUGUAUAGCUGCAGAUGUCCCAUGGUAAAAUGUAACAGAACAAUCCUAUAGGUAUUGAUCUAGUCUGGCACUUACCUGGACUUGUUGUUUUAAUAAUAUAACCUGUUUUGCAAAGAAACGUUGUACCCGCAUUAUAAUCCUACCACACUAGAUUGCAGAAACCAAGAGGGCUCGCCUGUAGUAAUGUCCCUGUGUGUUUUAUUCAAGCUGUAUGGUUACUCGUAGUUAAGAAAUAAUGCUUUGUAGCAGCAGAGCAGUAGAAAAGCA